AUGGAUCCGAUUCCCACAUUUAAUCUUGUAUUUUCAGUUGUUAUUCAAGAAGAACGUCAACGUGAAAUCAACAUUACUCAAUCCAUAAACUCUCCUACGGCCUUUGAUGUCCAAAGCAGCAAUGUCAUUAACGCUUCAAGGACUCGAUCCGAUCCUCAACCACCAAUGACCCAAUCAUAUACUUACCCUCCACCUUAUCAAAGUUGUCCUGAUCAGGCUCAUAUAGAUAAGAGAAAUCUCGAGGGAAAAUACUCCAGCAUAGAUGAUUAUUACUACAACUUACGUCAGGUUAAAGAUGCUCUAAUACAUGUUGGUUUUGAGCAUGCAAGAUUGAUAGUUGGUGUAGAUUUUACCAAGAGCAAUGAGUGGACAGGUGCAAGGUCUUUCCAUCGAAGAAGCUUACAUCACAUUGGAAUUGAUAUGAACCCUUAUGAAGAAGUAAUAUCAAUGCUUGGAAGGAUAAUAAGACCGGUGUAUAAGGAUCAAAUGAUUCCUUGUUUUGGGUUUGGAGACGCUUCAACUCAUGAUCAAGAGGUCUUUAGUUUCUACCCAAAUGGAGAAUGUAAUGGAUUUGAAGAUAUUUUGAGACGGUAUAGAGAAUUAGUACCUCAAUUGCAGCUUGCAGAACCUACAUCUUUUGCCCCUGUAAUUGAAAUGGCAAUUACUAAUAUUGAACAAAGUGGCGGUCGAUAUCAUGUCUUGUUUAUCAUUACCGAUGGGCAGGUCACAAGAAGUGUUGUUACUGAUCGUGGUCAACUUAGUCUGCAUGAAAGGAGAACACUUGAUGCGAUUGUGAAAGCUAGCGAGUAUCCGUUGUCAAUAAUAUUAGUUGGGGUUGGAGAUGGGCCAUGGGACAUGAUGAAGGAAUUUGAUGACAAUAUUCCUACUCGAGCUUUUGACAAUUUCCAGUUUGUAAAUUGUACAGAAAUUAUUUCGAAGAACAUUGAUUUGUCUAGGAAGACAGCAGAGUUUUCUCUUUCAGUCUGGAUGGAGAUACCUUCACAAUAUAAGGCAAUACUAGAGCUCAACAUAUUAGGUGCUUGUCGAGGAAAUGAUAUUGAGAGGAUUUCUCUUCCACCACCACGUUAUGAUUCAGCUUCUACCUCGAAUAAUAAUUUUUGA